AUGAAUGGAUCGCUAGUUAGACACAAUUUCUCUCCCAAGUAUCUCGGAGUCACCCUCGACCGCUCCAUCACGUUCAAGCAGCACCUCUCCAAUACAGCACGCAAACUCCAGAGUCGCAACAACAUCGUGUUAAAACUAAGCGGCACCUCUUGGGCAGCAAGUGCCGAAGUGUUGCGAACAUCAGCGUUAUCUCUGGUGUUUUCAACAGCAGAAUACUGUGCAGCGGCGUGGCUAGGCAGUGCCCACACCUCUAAAGUAGAUGUCGAACUGAACAAAGCCAUGCGAGUCAUAUCCGGGACGCUCCAAUCCACUCUUUGCCACUGGCUCCCUGUGCUGUCACGGAUUGCCCCGCCAGAUCUCAGGAGGAAGGACGCCUUGCUACGGGAAGUGUGUAAGAUCCAAAACAACCCUAACCUACCAUGUUACGCGGAGUUUUUAAAGCCAACCAAGCAACGCCUCAAAUCUAGAAACCCUUCGUGUAGCAUCGCCAAAAACCUGGUCGAUACCAAUUUUAAUAUAAAACACGAGUGGACGAAAUCUUGGGGCAUGUUAAUGGCAGGGAAACUAGGAUAUGGAAUUACGCCUGGCUCCAGAAUAAUGGGUUCAGACCUCCCUAGACGAGACUGGUGCAAACUGAACAGACUCCGUACUGGCCACGGUCGAUGCGCCUAUUACAAACACCGCUGCGGGUGGGUGGACUCUCCGGCCUGCGGCUGCGGUGCGGAAGCCCAAACCAUCCAGCAUAUAAUCCAAGACUGCCCUAUAACGCGCUAUGUCGCCGGUCCUCCCGAAGACCUGAUCACCCUGAGCGACGAAGCCAUAAAGUGGCUGAAUGGUCUUAGUGUAGACAUCUGA